AAUUUUAAAUAUCUGCGUUCCCACUCUCUCGGCUCGGUCGGUUGUCGAUUUCGCCGCCAGGAUUAGUUCGCGGUCCUUGCGAUCUGACGUGGAACUUUCACUUUGAUCUGUCAAUAUUUAGUAAACAGACAAAUUUUCGAAUCAUUUUCUCGAUAUAAGUAUCACCGUUUGAUAUGUUCUUACGAAAAAUACUAUUUACUGCGAGAGAUACAAAGAUAUUGCACAGACGCUUUUUUGCGCAUAGAGGCUUUCAAUAUUCACGAAAGAAAUGCAACCACCCUACAUUAGGAACAAAAUUGUUUACCGCGUCCCCGUUUACUGUGAUGGCUAUUUGGGGCUUUACAAAGAAAAAGGGUGAAAAUGAAACGCACAUAACUACUAAAGAAGUUUUAAUAGCAAAAGCCGAUGCACUUUAUGACCAGGAAAAGUAUCUUGAGAUACAACAGCUUCUAUCGAACUACAAAGACAGCGGAGACGUUGAGAUUAUAUGGCGUUUGUGCAGAGCAAUGUACAAGGUAUCUAAAAUAAGCAAUGAAGUGGAUGCAAAGAAAUUGAUCUUCGAAGCUCAUGAUCUGAUAUUGGAUGCCCUCAAAAUAAAAGAGGAUCACUGGGUUCUGCACAAGUGGGCAUCCAUCAUUCUCAAUACAAAAACUCUUUACGAAGGAAUAAAAGCACAGAUAAAGGAAUCUUAUAACAUUAAGAAGCACAUGCUGCGGGCAAUGGAAUUACAUCCAAUGGAUCCGACACUUCUGUACAUGCUGGGCUCCUGGUGUUAUCAAGUCGCGGACUUAACAUGGUACCAGAGAAAAAUAGCAUCAGUGAUAUUUGGGGAGCCACCGACUUCAACGUUCGAAGAAGCAUUGAAAUAUUUUAAAAAUGCAGAAGCAAUCGAUCCUAAUUUUUACAGCUACAACUUGUUGAUGUUGGGGAAGACUUAUUUAAAAUUAAACGAGAAAGAAGAAGCUUUGAAAUAUUUGAAGAUGACUAUGGAAUAUCCUGCGAAAAGCGAAGACGAUCGCGAGGCCAAGCAAGAAGCGCAGAAGUUACUCAAGGACAUUUAAUAAACGAAUACUUAGAAUUUAAUACAAAAUGUAUGUUGUUAAGUUAAGUUUUAAUUUAGGAUAAGACAAAUCAUUGAACUCUUAUUUUUUUACUUAAAUGCUUUUAAUUCACUGAAAGGUUCAGAUUUUUCAUACUGACAGUACGGUGAAUGCGCACAUACAUACAGGCACAGAUCCUUAUUUUUAUACUAAACAUAUAAUGUAUUACAUUUUAUUAUUUUUUAACAGUAUGAGAGUGUAAAGACUGCGAUUAAACUGACUGUAUUAAACGCUUUAGAAUAUUUUGUUACACGCAAAGGUUAUAACAAUGAAUAAAAAAUAUAUCACUUGCAUCUA